AUGGAAAAGGUCGACACAACCGCUCGCCUUACCGAGCUCCGCAAGCUUAUGAGCGAGAAAAAAGUUGACGUGUAUAUCGUCCCGUCCGAGGAUAGCCACUCUUCCGAGUAUAUUGCCCCGUGUGAUGCUCGUCGUGCAUUCAUCUCCGGAUUCACUGGGUCUGCAGGCUGCGCUGUCAUUACUCACGAGAAAGCUGCCUUAGCUACGGAUGGUCGAUACUUUAACCAGGCAUCUAAGCAGCUUGACGACAACUGGCACCUGUUAAAACAAGGUCUCCAGGAUGUUCCAACGUGGCAGGAAUGGUCUGCAGAACAGGCUGCUGAUGGUAAAGUUGUAGCUGUAGAUCCGACUUUAUUGACGAGUGGCGCUGCCAAGAAGCUCUCGGAGAAGAUCAAGAAGAGCGGAGGAAAGGACCUGGAGCCGGUUGAAGUGAAUUUGGUUGAUAUAGUUUGGGGUGAUGAUCGACCCUCUCGACCCAACGAACCCAUAAUUGUUCUAAGCGAGAAAUUCAACGGGAAGGAUGUCAAGACGAAGCUUACUGAACUUCGAAAAGAGCUUGAGAAGAAAAAUUCGAUUGGAUUCGUCGUCUCGAUGCUCGACGAAAUUGCUUGGCUCUUCAACCUUCGAGGAAACGACAUUCCAUAUAACCCGGUCUUCUUCUCGUACGCUAUCGUGACCGUCGAUGAGGCUACGCUAUAUGUCGACUCGUCCAAGCUAAGUAGCGAGGGCCAAUCCUACCUUGCGGAGAACGACGUUACUAUCAAGCCAUACGAAGAUAUCUUUAACGACGCCUCCGUGCUUCGCCAAUCAGUCGAAAUCAAGGAGUCGGGAGAAGCUAAGAAGAAGAUUCUUAUCUCAAACCGAGCAUCGUGGGCUUUGAAGCGGGCGCUUGGCGGCGAAGAUCUGGUAGAUGAGAUUCGAAGCCCCGUUGGCGAUUCCAAGGCUGUAAAGAAUGAAACCGAGUUGGAAGGAAUGAGAGCAUGCCACAUCAGAGAUGGUGCAGCUCUAAUUGAGUACUUCGCUUGGCUGGAAGACCAGCUUAUAGCAAAGAAGGCGACUAUUGAUGAAGUUGUAGCUGCGGAUAAACUUGAAGCUCUGCGUGCGAAACAGAAGGACUUUGUUGGACUUUCUUUCCCCACGAUAUCAUCGACAGGACCAAAUGCUGCCGUCAUUCACUACAAGCCGGAGCCUGGAAGCUGUUCAAUGAUUGAUCCCAAUGCGGUUUACUUGUGUGAUUCUGGGGCUCAGUAUCUAGAUGGAACUACAGACACAACUCGAACGCUACACUUUUCCGAUCCUACCGAGGCUGAGAUCGAAGCCUAUACGCUCACGUUGAAGGGAAACAUUGCCCUAGAUAGGGUUGUAUUUCCCAAGGGGACAACGGGCUUCGCACUGGAUGUCCUCGCACGCCAACAUCUAUGGCUCCAAGGGCUUGACUAUCGUCAUGGUACCGGCCACGGUGUUGGUUCGUAUCUGAAUGUGCACGAAGGACCAAUCGGUAUCGGUACGAGAGUGCAGUACUCAGAGGUUGCUCUAUCCGCUGGAAAUGUCAUCUCCAACGAGCCCGGUUAUUACGAGGACGGCUCAUUCGGGAUUCGGAUCGAGAACAUCAUCAUGGUCAAGGAAGUGCAGACGAAGCACAAGUUCGGCGAUAAGCCAUACCUUGGCUUCGAGCAUGUUACCAUGGUGCCGUACUGCCGCAAACUCAUCGACCCUAAUCUUCUGACGAGCGAGGAGAAGGCAUGGCUAAAUGACUACAACGCUGACAUCUGGAAUAAGACAAAGGGAUACUUCGAGAAUGACGAAUUAACCACAGAGUGGCUGAAGAGGGAAACACAACCUUUCUGA